UCUUAUCUAUUUGACUAAGCUUUUAGUGAUUUUGUAAACAAAAACAAGCAGGAAUUUCAGUCUCUACAUCUGAAAAGCUGGCAUAUUUAAGGAAGUAUGGCUACCUGCACAUCCCACUGGACAACACACAUCUCAACCCUCCACCUGAAAAAAUAGAGGAGGCCCUGAGGUGACGCUAAAUGAGGUUCACAUCCUCAUUUAUUAUUCAAUGAAAUCAAUGAGAGUUAAGUUUAAUGUUCAUGUCAGAAUCUUUCAGAAAGUAUCCAACCUUCAAGUAUCUGGAAUCCUGGAUUCAUCCACACUGGAAAUGAUGAGGCAGCCCCGCUGCGGUCUGGAAGACUCUUUCACAAACAAUUCUCUCAAAUAUCGAAUCAUGGGUUACUGGCGGAAGAAGAUGCUGACGUAUCGCAUUUAUAAUUACACCCCCGACCUGGGCUCAGCCAAGACCCGGCAGGCCAUCCAGACCGCAUUCAAGUACUGGAGCGACGUCUCGUCUUUAAGGUUCAGGGAGCUGCAUCAAGGAAGGGCAGAUAUAAAAAUCUCCUUUCACACAAAAGACAAGUCGUGCCCCGUGCCCUUUGAUGGACGAGGUCAUGUUUUAGCGCACGCUGAUGCUCCCGAGUCAGGCAUCGUGCACUUUGAUGAAGAUGAGCUGUGGACAGAGGGGAAGAGCUCCGGCUCCAACCUGAGGAUUGUGGCGGCUCAUGAGAUCGGUCACGCUCUCGGCUUGGGCCACUCGCAGUACUACAGCGCGCUUAUGGGACCCAUUUAUAUUGGAUACCGCACGGACUUUAAGCUGCAUCCGGAUGAUAUAAAAGGGAUCCAAGCUUUGUACGGAAAACCAGAGAACAGUCCUCCAUCUGUGAUUCCUCACCAGCCAGUGCCACGAGGUGCAGCCCCAGAUCCGUGCAAGGCCAAACUGGACGCAGUUAUGUUAGCUCCUCCGAGUAAGACAUAUGUGUUCAGUGGUCAGUAUGUGUGGACGGUGUCCAGCUCCGGCUACAACACUCCCACUGUGAUUUCUGCUCUGUGGAAGGAGCUGCCAGGAAGCAUCGAUGCAGCUGUUUAUUCUCAGCGGACUGGCAAAUCUUACUUCCUGAAAGGAGACAAAGUGUGGAGGUACACUGGCUUCAAACUCGACAGAGGAUUCCCUAAACGUAUGACCAACAUUCCCGGAAAUAUCGACUCAGCUCUUUACUUCCCCAAGAACAAGAAGCUGAUCUUUUUGAAAGGCUCUGGAUACUGGCCGUGGGAUGAAUUUGGCCCCACGGACCUCCGUUCGUACCCCAGACCGAUCGGGAAUCUCUUCAAUGGGGUUCCCAGCAACACGGAUGCUGCCGUGACGUGGACAGACGGCUAUGUGUACAUGUUUAAAGGCAGCCAGCACUGGCGUGUGAACCAGAAGAAUCAAGUAGUGGAGAAGAAGUAUCCUCAGGACACGGCAUCUAACUGGAUGCAAUGCGACGACUGAGCCACUAGAGGCCGCCAGGCGUUCAACACAGGCAUAAUCUGCACAUUGUUUCAACAGCAAAGAGGGAAGAUUUGACCCAGAUUUUUGCAUUUCUUGGAGAUUCAAGAAAUAUACUGUUACUAUAAACAGUUCACAGACAAAUAGAGGACACCGUAUUACUGCAAUAAAAGUUAGAAUAACACAUGACAGAUAUUUAUAGUCAUAUUUUUAAUAUUUUUUCUCACUUAUUUAGUCAGUAUUGUAGUCAGUGAAUGUUACCCUGAAACAGUGUCUCCCUAGUGUAUUUUACUGUAUUCUUGUUUUUAUAUUUAUUCUGUGAUUUAUGUAGAUUGUAUAAAGUAGGUUGCGUUAGCUAAUGAAAUCUUACCUGCCUUGUCAAAUUGAUUAAAAUAAACUGAAAGUAUACUGUUGAAUUGUUCAUAAACUGUAUGAAGAGACAAAUAACAUUAUUUUCCCUAACUGUCAGAAAUCAGUCAAGACUUAACAUUUCCUGUUUUAGGUCAUUUAGGAUUAUUAAAUUACAUCUAUUUGCUAAAUGCCAGAUUAAGAGAAAUUAAGAGCUUUUAAAACUGUGCUUUCUUUAAAAUCAGAUUUAUAUACAUUAAGAUUACCUCUUUAAACAAUAUAAGAAAGUGCAACGAUGAUGUCAUAGCUUUGGAAGGUUCUGAUAGGUCAAUUUGAAAUGUUUGAGUUAAAUGAAGGCUCAUUUGAAGAUGUGAACAUCUCAAACACGUCGAUUCCUCGUGUAACAUCAUAGGAAAAUCUAAAGAAAUCAGCCAAGAAUAAGUUUGCCUCAUUUUUGAGGAAUAAUUUAUAUAUGCAAGUACAAACAGUAUAUGAACUGAUUGUCAUUAUCAACAUUAAAGAAAGUCCUGUGCCAACAUGAGCUGAAAGGCAACUCAGCAAACAAGAAGCCAUAUGGACUCAGAAUUUUAUGGCAAUAGUUUGUGGUACUAUUGAGACAACAAUAAAAGUAUGAUUUAAAAAAAACAACUAUUUAUUCCUCAUUUUUUAAAUUUUUGCAUGGCAGUGACUACAUAGCAGAGCAUUCAUAGUGCCACAAACACAAAUAUUAUUCUUGAAAAACAUUCCCAUUUGAAAUGGGCUUCUUCACCAGCUAUUUAAAAAAAGUGGUAUUUAUCUCCUUAAAUUGCACACAGUAUCUGCAUUUAAUCAUAUUUCUGAAUUUACUGAUAUUUACUGAUGCUCUCAUGGAACAGUGGAGAAAACAUCAAUAACUGAAAUUCGUUACAAUCUGUUAAAUGCUUUUGUCUACUUGGUGGAAAAACGAUGAAAACCGUGAAGUUCAGAGAGGCAGCAUUAUGAUGAGGAAUUGGUCAGGAGUUGAAACUUGUGCAUAAAUGGGUCUUCAAAAAGGACAAUGUGUCCAAGCAAACAAACAGAUUAAUAAUUACAAAGUAGCAUAAGGACAACAAAGUGAAGAUUUUGGAGCAGGAUUACAAAAACCUGAUUUUUAGUCUCCGGGAAAAUUUGUUAGCAGAGCUAGCAAAGCUAUUCAUGCAGUUUAAAAUGAAAGUUAACCAAACAUUAAAGAAAUGUAAAUAACCUUCGGAAUUUGAAGCAACAGCUAUUUAAAAAAAUUCAGUAUUUUAUUAUUUUCCUUUUUUUUUCCCCACCAGGGAUUCUUUUGUGGGCUCUAGUGUCCCUUAUUUGAAAUUAUUUUUGUAUUUAACAAACAGAAUAAAAAAAGGAUUCAAGUAUCUGUUUUCAACUUUAGAUUACUGAGCUGUCUGCCUUACUUUCACCUGUCAGUGAGUCAGACAAGGUGAAUCCACCUGCGUGGUGGAUGAUGCAGAACCUUUACAGGAUUUGGAUUAGUUGUUAGAAAGUUUACCUUCCAAGCAAACAAUCUGUGGAUGGAUUAGCAUGUUGAUCUAAUGAAAGCGGACUGGAUCACUGGAGAGAUCGUCCACCUCAGGUGAUUCCUGAUAACGUUAGAAUAAUUUUAAAAUGACAAAUAUUUGAGUUUACUGUUGUUUAAAGUGAAAAAGGCAACAUAAAAUCUGCCAAACGCAGCAAUCUUUGUUGCAAGAACAAUCUAAAAAUAUUUUAAAAUGUAUUCUGGUCAAGAUAGCAACCAUAACAAUAACUCUUAAAUUUAAUAAAGAUUUCUUAGUGCAUUUAAGGAAGUGACUUGGCAAUUUAUUCAGUUUACAUGGCAGAGAGAAACUAAAUGUUUUCAGAAUUAUGUCACUAUGACAAAUACUGUAUUUUGUGCAUCUUGCAAAUCCAAAUCGCUCAGUUUGUGUUGUUGAGAAAACAGCAACUACAUCUAAAACAAGUCUUCUUUUUUUCUUUUCCAUGGAUGGAUUUUUAUUUCUAGUUUGCAUUAAUAUAAAAUAAAACAAUGUAAUUAAAAAAAAAUAAUUUUAAUAAACUUAAACUAAGAUAUAACAAAAACUCUGAGGCUUUGGUCCAACUCAACAUUGUAAUAGUUUAUAGUCCACAGUUAAACAAUUUUAUUCACAUUUACUUUGAGCAAACUAACUUUUUUCUUAGUCAAGCGAGCUGGGAAUGUCCUGAUCAAGAUUUUUUUUGGACCUACAGACAGAUCCAAGUAAUUUAGGCAUCUACAAAUGUCAUUUUUAAAAUUGGUUUUCACAUUAAAAACCAAUCAAAUCAAUGCCAUGUAUAGGCUUGUAAACCAUCAAUUUCAUUAUCUACAUAUCCCUUUAUUUUACAUAUGCAGUAUUUAUUUUUGCCUAUUUUGUCCCAAAAGGAUCUUGACAGCUUUAAUAUGCUGUCAACACAGGCAUAACUUAGUUAAAAAUUUACAUUUUGUUCUCUCAGUACAACCACAUCCUUCAAUUUGCUACUGCUAAUGUUUUCCUGCUCAGCAGUUUCCCAAAGUGCUAAGCUAAUGUUAGCAUUGUUCUCUAUUGUGAUAUGACUUGUUGAUAACUCAGUGUGGUUCCAGCUAGUGGAAAGCCAACAGUACAGAAGUUUCUGCUUCAAAAACUUAGCUUCUAGUUGUGUGCAGGGAAGCUACAGCAGCCAAUUUCUACUUUUGUUUCUGCAAACAUCCCUCGAAGUCUUGAAAAACAGUCACUUUGUUAGGAAAAUACCCAACAAAAUAAUAUGCAGAGCCUAUAAUACAGUAUAAAAACUAACACAGUUUGCAAGUCUUGCACAUAAAAAUUGGCUGCCAUGUUUAAAAAAUCUGAAGCACAAACUGUGACCGAAAAGCUUGUUGGCUAACAUCAUGGAACCAGCUGACAUGAAAUCCCAGCCAGUCCAAGAACAACAGCUGUUGGGAGUUGAGUUUGACCAACGUUGUUCUAAUAUGCCCUGAUCAGGACAUCCAUAUAUUUGCCCAAAUAAGAUAUGGUUUGGAUCUGGAUGCAUCAAGUGGCAUGGACUGUUCCAAAUAUGAAGAAAAUUGUUUUAAAGGAGACCUAAUAUGCAAAUUCACAUUGUGCAUGUUUUUAUACCUCCACUUGGGCCUGAGCGCUUAAAAAAAUUUUUUGGUACUAAGUUAAUGUUUUUAGGUAUCUGGAAAAUGAGCCAUUUAAAAAAAACCUCCUAAACCUGAACACAUGCCACAAUCAAUGGGCACUGUGUCGUUACCUAGCUGAGCUCCAGCAUGUUUGGUCAGCUGGCUUUAUUGCUGUAUGCACUGUACAAUGGCUGCUGGAAAAGUCAAGUGUUUUUUAGUUGGCUUACCGUCCAGAAAACAGUAUCUGCAUUCUUAUUGGUUGUGCAGCAGGCUCUACUGUCCCUCCUUCUUUUCAAAGGAGGAACUCAAAUAGGUAGAAUGGAGAAAAUCUAAGAAUGAUUUUGUGCAAAAAAAUUGUAAAGAACACAUUUUUUAUAACUCGCAAGGCCAAUCCUAACC